AUGGGCGCCUAUCUCUAUGGGCGCCUAUCUCUAUGGGCGCCUAUCUCUAUGGGCGCCUAUCUCUAUGGGCGCCUAUCUCUAUGGGCGCCUAUCUCUAGGGACGCCUAUCUCUUGGGGCGCCUAUCUUUAGGGGCGCCUAUCUCUAGGGGCGCAUAUCUCUAUGGGCGCCUAUCUCUAGGGGCGCCUAUCUCAAGGGGCGCUUAUCUCUAUGGGCGCAUAUCUCUAUGGGCGCCUAUCUCUAGGGGCGCCUAUCUCUAUGGGCGCAUAUCUCUAUGGGCGCCUAUCUCUAUGGGCGCCAAUCUCUAUGGGCGCCUAUCUCUAUGGGCGCCUAUCUCUAGGGGCGCCUAUCUCUAUGGGCGCCUAACUCUAGGGGCGCCUAUCUCUAUGGGCGCCUAUCUCUAUGGGCGCCUAUCUCUAUGGGCGCCUAUCUCUAGGGGCGCCUAUCUCUAG